UCGCCCGCGGGGUCCUAGCGCCCUCCCGAUUCGGAGCCGGAGCCAUGAAGGCGAGCCCGGGCGCGGGCACGAGCCCGGGCGCGUCCCCGUCGGACAUGAAGGGCUGCUACUCGCGUCUGGAGGAGCUGGUGCCCACCCUCCCGCAGGGCCGGCGUGUGAGCCGCGUGGAGCUCCUGCAGCACGUCAUCGACUACAUCUGGGACCUGCAGCUGGAGCUGGGCGUCCACGACAGCGCCCACGCCCGGCACGACGACGGGCCCGGCGCCCGGGACCCCGGGGCCCCCGACCCGGGACACGACCAGGCUACCCGCGUCGGAGCCGACGACCGAAUCCCGUGCCGCUGAAGAGGAGACCCCCCCACCCCCCAAGACCCCUCCUCGUCCUUUCCCCAGCAAGGCCCGGGGGGCGGCCAAGAAGUAGUGGCCCCAAGCCCCGUUUCCGGCCGGACUAAAAGCCACCCGAACUGGACGCCCCCCCUUUCUCCCUCCACCACCCAAUAAAUCAUCAUCAUCAUCGAUCGUAUUUAUUGAGCGCUUACUAUGUGCAGAGCACUGUACUGAGCGCUUGGGAAGUACAAAUUGGCAACAAUAAAUACCUCCAGGGAGGCCAUCCCCCUGCCGUAGAGCCCCCCGGGGCGGGGGGGGGAUCCGAGGCCGGUCGGGCCGCCGGACUGGUGGGCGGUUUUAUUUUUUAAAUAUCAUCAUCAUCAAUCGUAUUUAUUGAGCGCUUACUAUGUGCAGAGCACUGUACUAAGCGCUUGGGAAGUACAAAUUGGCAACAUAGUCCCUACCCGACAGUGGGCUACUAAAAAAUGGGGUCACGUCGUAGCCUUCUCAGAUUUCUGAGAAAAAAGCGGACCAAAUACCGAUUACCCGUAUUGUAUAUUACAAUGACUGCCGACCGAGAAUAUUGUUUUUUACAAUAGGUUGCCGGGUGUUUUUGUUUUUCUUUUUGUUAUUAAAUAAA